CUCAGGAAUAAACCACCUAGUGUACUCUGAAGACUGAAUUUGUAACAACAACAAAAAAACGGAUAGUAAUAGAUUUAACAGCUGACUUAUAGCUAGACUUCGAUGAGGCAGCCAUAUUGCUCUCGGGGCAAGUUGGCCACAGAGGGGAACAGCAGCAUUCACGAUAGGGGAGACGCUUUCCCAAGGCUUCGACAACUGUGCCUAUCUAUUGUUAUGUGGCGUUCAAUGCGAUUUUCACCGGUUCCGGUUCCCAAGUUUUAGGUUCGCCGGAGGUGAUUUCUGAUUUUGCCAGGCCGCUCUUUACACAUUUGAUACCUUAGAGACCUCGCCUGGACUUUAUGUUUCAAGGAUUUUGGAACAUUUUGACAGAAGAAUUUUCUGGAGUUUCAAGCACUCGGUAUGGGACAGACCGAUGUCUGAGAUUUUACUUCACACACGGGAAGCGUUUGUGUUUCUGCUCGGCUUGUGGGCUAGUAAAGAGCAGUAAAGAACAGAAGACGUAUGUAACUGCAAGAAAAGCAGGGUCUUUUUUUCAGACGUGACGAUGGGUUGUGUCAAGAGCAAAGAAGACAAGGGCCCCGCGUUCAAGUCCCGUCCGGAGAACUCGGCCUCCACGCCGCAGCACGGACACAUGGGUCACUACGGGCCCGACCCCACCCUCAUGGGCCAGUCACCCGGCCUCAAGGGGCCCGGCAGCGGAUACCACCCCGCCUCCGGCCUCACGCCCUUCGGGGGCUCGUCCUCCAUCAUGACGCCGUUCGGUGGCGCCUCGUCCUCCUUCACCUCGGUCACGGUCAGCAGCCCCUUUCCCGGAGUGGUCACAGGCGGCGUGACCUUCUUUGUGGCGCUGUACGACUACGAGGCGAGGACGUCGGAUGACCUGUCUUUCAAGAAAGGAGACCGGUUUCAAAUCAUCAACAACACGGAGGGAGACUGGUGGGAAGCCCGCUCCAUCAACACUGGCAACAAGGGCUACAUCCCCAGUAACUACGUCGCUCCUGCCGACUCCAUCCAAGCAGAGGAAUGGUAUUUCGGUAAAAUGGGUCGCAAAGACGCCGAGCGACUUCUUCUGGUACCAGGAAACCAGCGAGGCACUUACCUGGCACGAGAGAGCGAGACCACCAAAGGUGCCUAUUCCCUGUCCAUCCGGGACUGGGACGACAUGAAGGGAGAAAACGUGAAACACUACAAGAUCCGCAAGCUGGAUAACGGGGGCUACUACAUCACCACCAGGGCCCAGUUUGAGAACCUGCAGAAGCUGGUGAAACACUACACAGAGCAUGCUGACGGGCUGUGCUACAGACUGACGGUGGUGUGUCCUACGGUGAAGCCCCAGACCCAGGGCCUGUCCAAGGACGCCUGGGAGAUCCCCCGCGAGUCCCUCCGCCUGGAGCUCAAACUGGGCCAGGGCUGCUUCGGAGAGGUCUGGAUGGGCACGUGGAACGGCACCACCAAGGUGGCGAUCAAGACCCUGAAGACGGGCACCAUGUCCCCCGAGGCCUUCCUGCAGGAGGCCCAGAUCAUGAAGAAGCUGCGGCACGACAAGCUGGUGCCUCUGUACGCCGUGGUGUCAGAGGAGCCCAUCUACAUCGUCACAGAGUACAUGGCCAAAGGGAGUUUGUUGGAUUUCCUGAAGGAAGGAGAUGGUAAAUCUCUCAAGCUGCCCCAGCUGGUGGACAUGGCUGCACAGAUUGCAGACGGCAUGGCCUUUAUCGAGAGGAUGAACUACAUCCACCGAGACCUGCGUGCGGCCAACAUCCUGGUGGCAGACAAUCUGGUGUGCAAGAUCGCUGACUUUGGUCUGGCCAGGCUGAUCGAGGACAACGAGUACACAGCCAGACAAGGAGCCAAGUUCCCCAUCAAGUGGACCGCUCCCGAGGCAGCGCUGUACGGCAAGUUCACCAUCAAGUCUGACGUGUGGUCCUUCGGCAUCCUGCUCACCGAGCUGGUCACCAAGGGGAGGGUGCCCUACCCAGGCAUGGUGAACCGGGAGGUUCUGGAGCAGGUGGAGAGGGGCUACCGCAUGCCCUGCCCCGCAGGCUGCCCCGAGUCCCUCCACGAGAUGAUGAGGGUGUGCUGGAAGAAGGAGGCCGACGAGAGGCCCACCUUCGAGUACCUGCAGUCCUUCCUGGAGGACUACUUCACAGCCACGGAGCCACAGUACCAGCCCGGGGACAACCUGUAGGGGCCUGGCCACUGUCCACCCGGCACCCACCACCAGACCGGCUUGGGAGUUGAACUACCAACCCUCGGGCACAAUCGAGAACCACAGUACCCAGUCAAGGAUUCAUCUGUAGGGAUUUGAAACCAGGGACCCCCCUCCCCCCACCCCUGCUUUGGCACCAUGUAGAGCUACAGUGUUAACUUGCCAAGGGAGAUGCUACAGGGCUAAGGACUUGUAGACGACUGCAAAAACACCAGACUCCAGAACCACACUGGCAUUCUUUUCAGUCGACCCAGUUGAAAGAUGGCUGGGGAGAGUCACUCACAGUAUUUAUAAACGUUCCCUUCUCUGUUUCCCCUCUGCACAUUACCUUGACCUGUUGUGGGUUGCCUAGGCUACGUCAGUGUGCCUGGAUGGAGCGAGAGGUCUUGGGGACGGGUACUUUUAAAGUCCCAGGUGGAAUCCAAACUCCCUUGUUAUCCACUUUGUUCUGAGCGAGCAGAUGGUGUUUCUCUCAGCAAUUCAGUCUCAGCUGGUGGAUUUGUUGUCAGUUGCACACCUGUUUUGAUUAGUUUUCUUUCCUUUGGGGGGUGGGGGGGGGUUUGUUUUCCAAUUAUUUUGCAAUUUUUCUCGAUUACAUUUAAUUUUACUUUGGGGAUAAUUUUUAAUUCAAGCUUACCAGAUGUACAGUAAUGAUUUGUCUUAUUUUAGUUGGGUAGUACUUUGAAUUAAAGUGACCAAGAACUGUGGUUGAUGAAUCUUAAAGCAUGAGCUAUGUCAAGAGUGAAGAAGGAUCCAAUGACCCAAGGACCUUCAGUGUGUUGUGACGAAUGUGUGGGAGGACAGGGACAGGCAGCAACAGGUAAAAACAUGUUUUGUUGAACAGAAAGAAAAUUGUAAGUGAUUUUUAUGUUGGUACGUUUCUUUUAUAUGAGGUGACCUGAAUGGCAGAUUGUGGUUUUACCGAGAUUUUAUUGUUUUAUUUUGAGGGUAAUGAUCAAUUGUCUUGAUACCAUAUUGCAUAAGUAUGUUUUUGAUAAUCCCCUGAUGGCCAAUACCGAAAUGUUUCUGCAACGUUUUAUAAAUGUUUUUGAGCGAACAGUAAUUUUUAGUCCAUUGCAAAAUUUGAUGGGAUGAAAAUACACCGCAUGUGAAUGAAUGUUAUAUUAAUAGUGUUUCUUUUUUUCAUCUUGUACUAAUGGUGUUAACCACUCCAUCCACCUGGUCUCUUAGCAACAGUUUUAAUAACACUUAAGCAGCAGGUGACAAACAACACCAGUGUUUGUGGGUGCAUUAACAUAAAUGUAAAAAAAAAAAAAAAUCAUUGAGCCAGCUGUUUUUUGUUGCUUUUUGAUAUGUAUUUUAAUGUCAAGAUCGCCCCCUACAGUUCACUAAAGAUUCAUGCACA